AACAAAAUCAUCAUCAGAAAUAUUCCAUAUGAAACUCCAUGGCAGGAGUUGAAAGAUCUGUUUAGGAAAGAAGUGGGUCAUGUUGUCUAUGUAGAAUUAUUUAAGGGACCAGAUGGAAGACCCAAUGGCAUGGGGGUCAUGGAGUUCCGAGAUCGAGAAACGGCCAGAACAGCUUUAGAGAAAAUGAACAAACAUGUCUUGAUGGGAAGAUCUCUUAUAUUAAGAGAGGUGGGACCUCCUAUGGGUCAUGGAGGACCAGGGCCUAUGGGUGGGCCAGGACCAAUGGGAGGACCAGGGCCGAUGGGGGGUGGAGGUAUGGGUAUGAGUGGUAGUAUGAUGGGAGGUGGAGGUAACUCAGCUUCCGGUAUCAGCCCACAACUUCUACAACAGCUUGGUAUUGAUGGUCCUGUAACCAACUCUGUUUUUGUGGCCAAUUUGGAUUAUAAAGUAACUUGGCAGAAAUUGAAGGAUGUAUUCCGACUAGCUGGUAACGUAGUAAAGACUGAGAUUAAAGUUGGUAAAGAUGGUAAAAGCCGAGGAAUGGGAACAGUUUUAUUUGAUACUUCUAUUGAAGCUGUUCAAGCAGUCUCUAUGUUUAAUGGACAGUCACUAUUUGACCGAGUAAUGUCAGUGAAGAUUGAUAAUUUAGAUACUGAACGAGGACCACCACCUCCUAAAUUACCAUCUGGGUUAAAGUCAAUUGGAAUGGGCCUAGGUUCUGGUGGUGUUCCAUUACAGAAUAUUAACCAAGGUAGAGUUGUCUUUCCUUUAUUUCAAGUCAACAUAUGUGGAGAAUGCAAUUUGUUAGUUGUACAUAUUAUGCAAUUUGAUUUAAUUUUCACAGGGUUGGUUUAA